AUGGACACCAAUCCAAAUUUAUGCAACACUGUACUUAUAGAUUGGAUCCCUGAAAUUCCUAUCAAGGUGAUAUGUUUCGUCUGGAGUGCCGCUAUGGAGAGAAUCCCCAUUACAAUUGGCCUAUCAAAAAGAGGUGUAAAACUGGUAGAUGUUAACUGUGGUCAAUGUUCUAAUAUUGAAGAAACGGUGUCUCACAUAUUCUUUAAAUGUCCAUAUGCAAAAACAGUUUGGGAGUGUAUUAUAAGGUGGUGUAAGAUCAAGCUCCCCCAUUGCGAAUCGUUGGAGGAUAUCCUAAAAUUUACUAGAUCGUGGGGACACUGCCCAAAGAAAAGGAAAAUACUCGUGAGUAUAUGCUAUGGCACAAUUUGGUGGUUAUGGAAAGCAAGGUGCGAAAUAUUUUUCAAAGAAAUCAAGAUUCCGCCCACUAAGACAGCUGACAAUAUACAGGGCAUGGUGUUCAUUUUGCUUAAACAUAGAAGUUCAAAUUACCCCAUUAAAUGGGUCGAUUGGAACAUCUAUCCCUUCUGUUGA